UUUAUCACUAAUUUAAUUCUCUGUGUUUACAUUUAUAGGAUUUUACCUAGCCGUAUGGCCUGCUGUCUCUGCCAAUUCAAAAAUAAUAUUGAGGUUGUCUGCAAUACAGUCAAGCUGCAUUGUGAGAGUGAAUGUCUGACAAAUGCCACACAUUGUGAUGAAGAAGUAUCUAUAACAAAUGCAGAAGGAUCAUUCAUGACGGUAUUGAAAGCCCGGAAGAAGAGCACCAGUACUGAGCUGACCAUUGAGCCCGAGAAGGCAUCCUCAGACAAAAAUGGCAUCAGUUUAGCCUUUAUGAAUGAGCAGCUAGACUUUAAUGAUGAAAGUGAUGUUAUUAGUGCGCUGAAUUACAUAUUGCCUUAUUUCUCAGUGGGAAAUCUAGAAGAUGUACAAUCAACAUUAUUACCAUUCAUUAAACUUCUCUUUUCAAAUGUGCAAGAUGGAGACAAGCCCGUGGGUCCCUUGACAAACAACACAGGGAACCCUUCUCUUAAACCUGGACCCAACAAUUCAACUUACAAAAAUAAACUGAGGAAACUCUAUUUUCUGGGAAAUUUGUUAGAUUCAGAAAUUCAAGAAAAAAUUGAUGAGGUGAAAAAGAAAAAAUGGCCAUGCUUAUACGUUCCAGCCUUUUCGGUCCCAAAUUUAAAUGUCAGAUCUUUCCAAAGAAAUUGGAAACUGCCCAAGCACAGGAAAAGAAUCUCGCCAAGGCUGAGAGUGUAGGGAAAAAGCUGCUGAGAGUGAACAGGGUCCUCAAGGGCCUGAAGGGCCUACAGAAAAGGUACUUCAAAGAAAUGGGCAAGCAGAGCAACAAGGGGAAACAAAAUGUCCAGCCAUUUGUGGAGAACAUGGCCAAAGAAAGAAGGCU